AGGGCUCCAGGGAGCUGGGGUUGUUAGAGAUGCCGCCUUGUCAUCCACCCAGGAAGAUGGGAAACGAGCUGUCGCCCUCAGUCGCUGCUCCGGCUGUACCCUCGCACCUCGCGACGGUGUCCAACAGGCGAGGAGCUGAAACGUUUUUCUCAGGGUCCUGUUCAUUGGAACGAGUUUUUCCCCAUUGCUGAUGGAGAUCAGCAAUCUCCGAUUGAGAUUAAAACCACAGAAGUGAAGUAUGACUCUUCCCUCCGGCCUCUUAGCAUCAAGUAUGACCCGAGCUCCGCUAAAAUCAUCAGUAACAGUGGCCACUCCUUCAGCGUGGACUUUGACGACACAGAGGACAAAUCAGUUCUGCGUGGGGGUCCGCUCACCGGAACCUACAGGCUGCGACAGUUCCACCUGCACUGGGGGGCCGCUGAUGACCACGGCUCUGAGCACAUGGUGGACGGCGUGCGGUAUGCGGCCGAGCUCCACGUCGUUCAUUGGAAUUCAGACAAAUACCCCAGCUUCGUGGAGGCAGCCCAUGAGCCCGACGGACUGGCCGUCCUGGGAGUAUUUUUACAGGUUGGUGAACUUAAUCCUCAGCUGCAAAAGAUUACUGACAUUUUGGAUUCCAUUAAAGAAAAGGGGAAACAAACUCGAUUCACGAAUUUUGACCCAUUGUCUCUGCUUCCUACAUCCUGGGAUUACUGGACGUACCCUGGUUCUCUGACAGUCCCACCUCUACUUGAAAGCGUCACAUGGAUCGUUUUAAAACAACCUAUAAAUAUCAGCUCUCAGCAGCUGGCCACCUUCCGCACGCUGCUCUGUACAGCCGAGGGCGAAGCUGCCGCUUUUCUGCUGAGCAACCAUCGUCCUCCACAGCCUCUGAAGGGCCGAAGAGUGAGAGCCUCUUUCCAUUAAAAGUUGUCACCAGCGGACCCCUUCCCCCCAACAUGUCUGCGGAGAGGGGACAACACCAAACCGAAUGCAAGAAUCCCUCCUUACAGUUCUUCCCUAGAAUUCCAGCUUGCGGUACCGUUUUGCUCUCAGCUUCAGCACCACAAAGAAAACUGGAUCUCUGUCAUCACACCGACUGGACUCCUGUGUCUCAGCUUUGCACUCACAGGCAGUCGGGCAGUAAACAGCAUUUGCUGUGCAUCAAAACCUAUGAAAUUCGUCUGCUUCCCUCCGUCUGCUUCCCUCUGUGGGCAGGCAUGACGCCAUCGCAAACCUCAGAACAUAGUAAACACGCUCCCCUGUCGUCGGGACCGACUCAGUCACGUCUCUCUGUGGUGUUUGGUGAGAAAACUAAACCCAUUUCUAGAAGGAUACAAUUGUGAUACCUUUUCUAAUCAAGUGAUUCUGCUUUAUGUCUUGGUAUCAUUCCCGGUUAUAAAAAGUUGAUCAUGUUUCCUUUCAAAGCAAAGCUUUGUCUUGAUUACGUUGCUGACUCUCAUUCCCGAUGCCUUUGAUAGAAUGAACCAAGGCGGGUGGAGGAGGGUGGGUAAAGCUACUGCACUGCUCACAAAUAGCCCCCGCCGUUUCGGUGAGAAAGUCCUCAGGAUAGAAAUGGCUGUUUAAGCACUAAUGAAUCGUGCCGUAUGUUACCCUCACUGGUAACGUCAACGAUAAACUGGCUAAUGAUCGAUCAGAUGUGAUCCUCACCAAUUUAUGACACUAAGGUAGCUUGAAACCAACAGAUCACAAGGUCUAGCAGAGCGGCCCACGGGCAUGAGGGAGGGUCACCUACUUCUGCCCCGUGUGUUGGCAGCAGAGCAGGGAGCAGCCCCAUGCAGGUCACUGUUCUGCCAACUGGGGGGAAAAAUUAUAUGAGCCUCCUGUGGACAUAAGAGCUGCCCACAAAUCCUUCCACCCAUUUCCAUGGCAAAGCUUGUCUCCCUUUACACAUGUCCCUCGAUGUCUUAGGUAAUGUUGUGAGGUGGCUCUUGAUACUCGCUUUCACCUAUUACUCUGGCAUAUUUUGGUUCUGUAUUUGGUGAAGGAGGAUGGGACAGGGGUCCUUUUUUGCUUUUUCUGGUUUAAGAAGUGACUCUAAGUGUUAACUUAGUAACCACCGUUAAGACUUGACCACGUGUUAACACGUCUGCCAACUUCUGGUGAAGUAUAACUGAAGUUCCUUGAGUGUGAGGGUGUGUUUCAGACACCUCUGUUCCUCUGGAUGGAGAGUUUAAGAAUUGAAAUUAUCCUGUGAUAGUUUUCUCGACAGGAUAACUGAGUAUCAGGAAAUUGUGUAACAGUGAUGGAUAUAAUUGCAUAAGAUGAGCUUCCAAAGACUGAAACUGAUACUUUGGUGAUUUUUACUUUCUCCUCACAAUAUACAGCUUAAGGCCUUGCAGCAGAUUGGCACGUAGUAAAUAGUUAAUGAACUGAGUAUGUAAAAAAAUUAUCUUUGGUAAUUAUCCUGCCACUUGUGAUCAAAUGUACUGUAAGUUGAUGUUACAAGUAAGAUGGAAGUUAUCUUUUAAAAAUUGUUUCUUCUUAAAAGAAUACUUACCAAAUCUACCUGUGUGACCAGAAGUUGUAAUGGCUUUAAAAACACCAGCGUUGUAAUGGGAAGGUGUGCUUUCCAUUACACAUUGGACUUCGGGAGUCUAAAAACGUGUCCACAGCCCUGAUUUCCUUGAAGAUUGCUAAUUUAUUUCUCUGUUGGAGGCAAAGGUCUAAGUGUGUGUUAACGUGUUAUCUGUUGAGAAGAUUAAGGAGUUGUAAGUACCAGUGUCUCUUUUGCUUCCCACAACACGGGCCGGGUGUAUGUUUGUUAAGCAUUUUGUGUUUUAAUUUAAAUUGGAUUCAACCACAAUAAAGAAAAUGAGACACGUGUUGAACCGUA